GGCAAGAGGCACGGCUUAAACUCUCAAAUAUGGUACAGUCGAUACGAGUGAAACUUUGAAACAGAAACUAAACGAUGUUCUGUUCUGGCAAAUAACCUCAGGAUGAUGGACUAAGGAAUCUUGCGCUUUAAUGUCGAAGAGAAACGUCUAGAUGAAGUUGUCGGAGAUGGUGUCAACGUUACCACCUGUGUGGGUUGUUUGUAGGUAACUGGAUGUGGACGUGCAGUGGACCCAUGCUGAUGAUCAGCGUUUUGUCAGGGCAUGUAUUAUGCAAUGACAAUCCACGCAUUUUUCUUCUUGCUAUGCGCUGUAGGAUUCUGCAAAGCCCUGCGUAAUUGCGAAGCAAAUCCCAGCCAUGGCAAGUAUGUACAAGUGGGCGCAAAUUUCAACAUAUCUUGCAUCAUUCAAGAUUGCGAUGAUAUUCGUGUUUACCUUGAUACCAAUGCCGAACAACAUCGCCAGCCAGUGUGCAAGACAACAGUAAGGCAUGAGGUUUUGGGAAUAAUGAGGAAUCACACAUAUACUUGCAAAUGUACGAAGACGAAGAGGCAAGGGGCAAUUCUGUUGUGUGGCGUUGAAAUAAUUGUUGGGUACUUACCUGAGGUCCCUCAAAAUUUGACCUGUGAGCAGAACGGAGAAUUAGGAAAUGUCACCUGCACUUGGAAACCAGGAAAGGAAACCGGCCUGCAGACAACAUCAGAGUUUAGUGUCAGGACUACAUCUGACAACAGCCCUGACGUCAUCUUCACUGAUGAGCACUCAGCAACGUUCCAUCCCGGUAAUGAGUCUCGGUUCUUUGUCAGUGUAUGGGAAUCCAACAGACUGGGACACGGUGCUGCUCGUGAGAUGAACGUCACUCUCAGUCACAUAGUGAGACCCACUCCUACGGCUCUGGCUCACAGAGAAUGUCCCUCCCGCCCGGGCAAAGCCCUGUCUAAUUGCGAAGCAAAUCCCAGCCUUGGCAAGUAUGUACAAGUGGGCGCAAAUUUCAACAUAUCUUGCAUCAUUCAAGAUUGCGAUGAUAUUCAUGUUUUCCUUGAUACCAAUGACGAACAACAUCGCCAGCCAGUGUGCAAGACAACAGUAAGGCAUGAGGUUUUGGGAAUAAUGAGGAAUGGCACAUAUACUUGCAAAUGUACGAAGACGAAGAGGCAAGGGGCAAUUCUGAUGUGUGGCGUUGAUAUAGUUGUUGGGUACUUACCUGAGGUCCCUCAAAAUUUGACAUGUGAGCAGAACGGAGAAUUAGGAAAUGUCACCUGCACUUGGAAACCAGGAAAGGAAACCGGCCUGCAGACAACAUCAAAUUUUAGUGUCAGGACUACAUCUGACAACAGCCCUGUCGUCAUCUUCACUGAUGAGCACUCAGCCACGUUCCAUCCCGGUAAUGAGUCUCAGUUCUUUGUCAGUGUGUGGGAACACAACAGAGUGGGAAACGGUACUGCUCGUGAGAUGAACGUCACUCUCAGUCACAUAGUGAGACCCCCUCCUCCGGUUCUGGCUCAGAUAGAAUGUUCCUCCCGCCUUUGCCACCUCCACAUGACCAGCGUGGGCUGCUGUCACAUGCUCGAGGUUCAACACAGAAGGGAAGAUGGGCACCACUGGUCCACACAGCUAUUCAAUCGCACAACGUCAAACCACAAAUGGAACAUCUCCAUCUCGUUGGAGCCCUUUGUGUUGUACCAUUUCCGUGCCAAAUUGAAGUCAAGACCACACAUGGGUUUGUGGAGCCACUGGAGCAGUUUCAACCAACGGACUGAAGAAGAAGCACCAAUUAAAAAGCUGGAUAUUUGGUACAUAAAAGAAUCACCCUGGAUAAUCUUACUUUGGAAGGAACUGAAUCCGACAGAAGCCAGGGGAAAAAUCCUUGGAUACACAGUAUUAGCUAACAACACUACAACAAAGAAGACCACAGACUGGAACGUAACAAACACGUUCACAAAUGUUACUGAUCGGCUGUGCUCUCAGUGCGUCAUCACCAUCUCAGCCUUCAACUCCAGAGGCUCUUCUCCACCUGCUAAUAUAACCAUACGUGAAAAAGCACAACUACCUCAGAAGGUGUCCCAUGUAGCUCAGAGUGAUGGCAGCAUCGCCAUCUCUUGGCUGAAUCCUGCCACUGCAGCGGCGGGGGCAGUGACUAGCUACCUUGUGGAGUGGUGCCUUGUUGGCUGUCUCUAUGAGCAACUCGAGUGGCAAAGACUGAACAGAGAACAACUGAGUAUCAAUAUCACAGGUCUUCUGCCACACGAGUGUUAUAAAAUCAGAGUCUAUGCUUUAUUCAAAGACGGAAGAGGAAAGGCAGAAUUUGACAUUUCUCAUCAGCCAAAGGUUCCAGAGAAAGGACCUGAUCUUACUCGUAUUCAGUCACUGGUCACAGUGGAAAAUACCAUGCUGGUGACGUGGAUGCCAGUCUCAAGACAACAGUUGAGAGGUUGCUUGACUAAGUACACCAUGUAUGUUGAAGGACCAAAGGGAAUUGAAGUCCAAUAUGAUGUGUUGCCAGAGCUCAUGUCUAGAAACCUCAGUGUGUCUGAUCUCGCGGAUGGCCAGAAGUACAGUGUAUUUAUGACUGCUUGGACCGAAGCUGGAGAGAGUCCACGUGGAGACCCCCAUUUCUUCACCAAUCACAAAAAUAAACCUUCACGUCUGGUCUUUUGGAUCCAGGUAGUCAGCUGCAGUAUCGUGCCCUUUCUUGUGGUUCUCAUGUGCCUGUGUCAUAUCUUCUCACUUCGCCAAAGAUUUUUGCGAUGCUGUCACCUCCUUCCGGACAUGGUUCCAGAUCCAGCCAACAGUAAAUGGGCUAAAGAGUGUUCCGGUGAAAAGGGUGAGAUGAAGUUGAACCUGUAUCUGAGUGACUCCAGUGUGAGUGAGGAUGAACCGGACACCGUGGAGGUGCAGGAGAUGCCCAGCGACAGCCCGAUUCCCGGUGCGCUGCUGGGCCUCGACAGCAUCGCAAGCGAUCUGCGGCAGGGGCAGGAUGUGCGCUUCUCCUUCAGCCUCAAGUCCCCUCCUAGUACCUACCUGAAGAGCUUCUCGCACGAGUCGUAUCAGACCCAAGAGUCUCAGAACACAGAGGCGACUGUGGACUACAUUUCCACACAAGGGAUGAUGAGUGGCGAGAGUGAUGGAGAGGAGCAGCAAGAGGAAGAGGAGGAGGACGUGUGUACAGAUGGACCAAGGUUCCUUCCCUGUCCGCUCUUUGACCCUAAGGUUUCCAUCGGGGGCAAGCUUACUUUGGACUCUGUGAAAAUUGACUGUAGCGAUUUCUUGGAUGAACCGUUUUUUAUGCAUUGCUGAACACCUGACAUCUGGGAAUACUCCAGUAGCCUUAACAAACAUUACGCUGAUGAUGCUUAUCAAGAAAGCUACAAUAGCAAUGGACAACUGAAAUUGUUGCCAAUUUCCUGUGGACAAGCCCAUGAUUUUGAAGCUUUCUGCAUGCAAGAUUCAAACAUUUUCACUGCCAAUUUUGUUAAAUUGGUUAGAUUGUGUGGACAGAGCAUGUGUGUAGGUCUGUAUAAAUCCAGCUUUGCACUGACCAAUGAGUCUGCCACGGUCCCUAACCCUAGCCACUGCCACGCUCUGUUUUUUGUUGUUGUUGUGGUUGUUGUUAUUAAUUACAGAUGAUAAAGAUGUACAUUUAUUUGCCAUUUGGUUGGAUAAGAGCACUUCUACCUCGCAUUCGCUGGUAAUAAACUUUUUUUUUUUAAA